GUGAACCAGGAGAACGUGGUGAAGGUGGGCCACAGACAGGUCGUCAACAUGAUCCGACACGGGACGAACCGGCUGCUCAUCAAGGUGGUGACCGUCAGCCGGAACCUGGACCCCGACGACACGGCACGCAAAAAAGGCCCCCCCCCUCCGAAAAGAGCCCCCACCACAGCGCUGUCCAUGCGCUCCAAGUCGAUGACCUCUGAACUCGAGGAACUAGUGGAUAAAGCCACUCUAAGGAAAAAGAAAGGUGAUAUGCAGAAGAAGAGGAUUGUUUUCCAAGUCACUCUAAACAAAGUUGAAGAGAUGACGCACGCCCAGAAGACGUCGCCUGUCGAUAUGAAGAUCGCCACCAUCAAACCACGGCCAUCCAGUCGCUGUUUGGUGACAGCAGCUGAUAUCAAUUCAUUAUAUCAUGACCGCCAGGGAGUAGCAGUGGCGCCACCCACUGUGCCGGGGGCUUUCCUGGGGCUACCUGAGAAGAGCACUUUGAAAAAGCAGAAGUCCAUAGGUACAUCGGAGGACGACAAACAUGGAUUCCUCACGCCUCCCUUACUCAAGUUUGCCCGCAGCCUCUCCAUGCCCGACACCUCAGAGGACAUCCCUCCUCCCCCAGCCAUUUCACCCCCUUCUCCACCUGACUUCAACUCUGGUCCAACACCCAAGAGCUACGGCACCAUACGACCCAGCUUCACCCAGAACUCAGCCAAUGUGGUGAAGACCAUUAGCCGAACAAACGACGCCGGUACGUUACGGCGCGGCUAUUACCGGCAGAGCUCUGAGCAGUUUGACUCGCGCAUUCGAGGGCGCGCUCCAGUCCCGGAGAACCCUUACUCCGAGGUGGGCAAUAGGAACCUGUACGUGCCAGCCAAACCAGCUCGAAGGAAGGGCAUGCUUGUAAAACAGCACAACGUUGAGGAUAGUCCGGAGAAAAAGAGUCACAUGUCAUCAAAUCCAUCGGGCGCGGUUUCCAUGCCUACUACGCCUGUAGAACGAACUUGCUCCUCCAUUCCCAUCCCUACCAUCAUCAUCAAGGAGCCCUCCACCAGCAGCAGUGGCAAGAGCAGCCAGGGUAGCAGUAUGGAGAUCGAGCCCACCACCCCCGAACACCCUCCUCUCAUGCCUGUUGGUGGUUUGCGUCCCGAAGACCCGUCUUUAGGCAACCCCUUUGCAGCAGCUAUUGCUGGGGCAGUAAGGGACCGGGAGAAGAGGCUAGAGGCAAAAAAGCACUCAAUCGCCUUCCAGUCAAUAGAUAUUGGGGAUGAUGACUUCGGUAGUCCUACACCGACCCCUCGUCUUCGCCAUUCGAAGUCCAUCGAUGAAGGCAUGUUUAGUGAUGAGAGGCUUCGAAGGAUAUUGGGUCCCCCUGCACAGCUUGGUCGUCCUGUCGGGGGAGGUAGUGGCAACAUGACAGAUUUCAACACUCCUGAGCCCACAGUGGUUAGGGAGCCUCUAAACACCAGAACAGGCCAGUGUCCCAACCUGGACAGUCCCGUUAGUCUCCCAUCCACACCUCCUAAGAGCCACUACAGGUCAAACGGGACUUACCUCCAUCCUGUUACAGGCAAACCCCUGGAUCCUAAUUCCCCUCUUGCUUUGGCCCUGGCAGCUCGUGACCGGGCGAUGAAGGAGCAACAGAACCAUCCUCAGAAUCAGCCAACAAAUCCUCCUCAGGUUCAGCAAGCGCCCAAACACGAAGCCCAGUCCCUCCCAAGUCAGCCAAGCCACAAACCAGACCUCAAUCAACCGCUGUUUAUUGACACCAAACUACGCUCGGGGAUCGAGACAAGUUUUGCCGCAAUCUCAUCAGCAACCAUGGGGCGGCCUAGUCGAGGCGGUCUGCGGAGACAAAUGACGGAGCAGAAGUAUGAGUCUGAUGGGGCACAGGAAGAACGAAAGCAUCAGGCAGUUGAGGAGAGGAAAAGUGCGCCAGCGGAUGUGUCGGAUUUAUCACAGCAGUUAACUGGACUGUUGAUGGUCCACACCAGCAACGAAGCAAGCAACAAGGGAAACAACCAAGAGGUGGAGGGGCAGGACAGCAACAGGCCAUCGGAGCUGAAGGACCCCAACCAACCGGAUCCUCACAACGCUUCGUCACUGUCCCCCAAUCCCCAACCAACCUCAUUGAGGAGGAGCAUGCCCUUGAAUGAGUCCAUUGACGAACCAGUAAAACUGCCCUUCCGCAUCCCACCACCUCCUCUCGCAUCAGUUGACAUCGAUGAGGAAUUUGAAUUCUCGGAUCCCCUCCCACCACCACUGGAGUUUGCCAACAGUAUCGACAUUCCUGAUGAUCAGGCGAGUGCCAUUGCAGAGAUGAUUCAGCAACAGAGACGAAAUGGGGGUCCUAUUUUACCACCAUACCACCCUCACGCCCCGCCACCUGUCAUUGAGCAACACAAACGGGUUGCAAACAACAUGCCACCCUCAUAUCCUCCCCCUCCACCGGAUUUGGAGUCAGGGGUGGGUGACUCGGGCAUCGAGGAGGUAGACAGCCGCAGUAGCGGGGAUCCUCAGCACAUGGAGACAACCAGCACCGUUUCCAGCAUCUCCACCCUGUCGUCAGAGGGGGGCUUCUGCGACAGCGCUCUGGAGAGCCUCUACGCCACCGCAGACGGACACGCCUUCCUGGUGGACCGGCCCCCUGUGCCCCCCAAACCCAAGGGCAAGUCUGUCAUCAACAGAACAUCGCUUUAUCAUGACGCUCUUAUUGAAGAGCCCCCGGAGUCCUAUGGAUCCCCGCCUCAGGAUCCUCCCCCUCCUCCUUCAUCCUCUGAACCUCCUAGGACUCCUACUCAAAGGACAUCCAAGCUGUGGGGCGAUCAGCCGCCAGAUCUGCACAGUCCCCCAUCAACACCAGACUCCAAGAACACCGUCAUCACCGAGCUGAGCUCCAUCCUGCAGCAAAUGAAUCGCGACAGGCCAGCCAAGCCAGGAGAAAGCCUCGACUCCCCCACAGGGACCAGGGGGGGCUUCGGAACAAGGCCUCCAGCAGACGACUCAGGGAUGCGUAACGCGGCGACCCCCAUGGCCUCGCCCCCCCCCAGCAGCCUCCCCUCCCAGACGCUCCCCUGCAGCCCCCCUGACUCCGCCUCCUCCCUCACGCCCUGCUCCUCCCUGCCUCCCUCCGUUUCGCCCUCCCUCACCGACGUCUUCGGGCUCCCCACCCCCCCCAUGGGCAGCGGCGGAGGCUACAGUCUCAGCUCCUCGUGUGGAGGAAGUGUAAGUUCUCGCUCCCCGUCUCCUCUCACUCUCCUUCAGGCCGUGGCAGCGUCUGGGAAACCUUUCGCCUCCAAACCCAUGGAGCUGUGGAGCAAACUGGACGUGGCCGACUGGCUGGAGAGUCUGAAUCUGGGGGAGCACCGCGACGCCUUCCUGGACAACGAGAUCGAGGGCGCACACCUGCUGUCGCUGCAGAAAGAAGACCUCAUAGACCUGGGCGUCACCAGGGUGGGACACCGCAUGAACAUCGAGAGGGCCCUGAAGCUGCUGCAGGACAGAUAAACCCAGAGGAGAGGAGGGAGGGGGGGGGCUGAGGAGAGGGAGGAAACGGGGGUCAAACAUCCCCGACUCUCCGUCUCCAUCUCCAUCAGACGUUAUCUCAAGAAGUUUGGUCCGAGCUGAUGCUGCCUCCUGCUGUCUUUGUCCUCUCGUCCUCCCUCGUCUCAGUGCUCUUCUUGAACUGAGGGGGGAGAGAAGAGACACGCUGCUAUGUCACAUCAAGGAAGGAUUGACCAGAAACUCUGGAAUAGUGUCUCAAACGCUGGAAAAAUACCCGUCUGGAAGUGAUUUCACACACAGACUCGUGCUGACACCUGCUUUGGAAUACUGAACACUUUUUCCAUUCACCCGCAGUGGGUGCAUGAAACCAGCUGAGCUGGUCGUUGCUCCUUUUCUAUCUUUGCUAGAGUUUGUUCAGAGAUAAUAUUUCUUCACUAGAGUCCAACCGGAGUUAUAUUUCUGGGUGCAUCUAAGGUUGUAGAGAACAAUUUGAGAUAGACUCCAUGUUUUUCCUUUGCUUUUCACUUGUUUGUGUCAAAAUAAGAACUUUAGCUGACGUGUUUAAAUAAAUAGUACAUUUCCAUGCACACACACACACACACACACUUUAUGCACAACGCCACACACUGACAAACGAGAAUACACACUGUCUUCACACCCUCAGCAUGUACACACACCGUUACUGCGAUGGCCUUCUUCUCCUGAGAGAGAGCAACGCGUGGAGAGAGGUGAUAACCCAGCGUACAAGAAAAACCGAGCGAAGGACACGAGGAACAACACGGACAGACAAACGUUGUACCAGAAUAAUUCUCACCUUGAAAUGGUUUGUCUGUCUGCAAAGGGCGUCCCUGUCCCUCUUUACCUUAUAGUUGUGUGUGUGUAUGAGUGUGGGUGAGUGUGUGUGAGUGUGUCACUGGUUGACCCAAAAUAUCCUGAAGGCCAGUUUAGCUUUUUUCCACAGAUCCGCUAUAUAGGCCACAGUAUAGAGAAACUAGAGCUGUUCUUUACUUUUUUACUUUACUUUCUUCUCCAUUGUCGAAUCUCCUUCCACUUCACCAUUAGCAGGUCGACACUCAUGUGGCCCCGCGGUAACGCUAAUGUAUCAAACACCUGUGUGUAGUGGUAGAAGAUGAGGUUUUUUAAAGAGAGCAUUUAAAGAAACAGUGAGACAUGUGAGAUACGCUUAUUCGCUUUCUUGCCACGAGUUUAAUGAGAAGACUGACCCCAUUGUCGCGUCUGCACACAAUAUGAAGCUGGAGACAAUUAGCUUAGCAUAAAUACUCAAAUCAGAUUGAUUGAUUGCAUCCACACAACGUUUUGAUUGGCCCGUGCAGCUCAAAAGCACCAACCUUUCCUUCCUCUUUCAUAAUGCACCAAUGUCUGUGUGUAUAAUAAAUUAUGCUAAUAAUGGCACCAAUUGCUAUUGCUUGCUAAAAAGCUAAAUAGCAGAUUUGUUUUGAUUAAAACCAUUUAUCUACAUGCAAUCAAGUCAACAUUAAAAUAUAUAAUUUAAAAGUUACACUAUUGACAUCCCUAUUUAGCUUUGCAAGUGCUAACUAGCACAUUAGCAUGAACUGAAUUGUUGAACCAGGUAUAUCUUUAAAUAUUGAACCCAUUUGUCAAAAGCAACAUAUCUUCUGAACAUAAUGACAGUAAAAUGGCAUUUUUCAGACGGACAACUGAGGAUGAAAUGAGCUUUGUCUCUGCCUAUUGCAAGAACGUCAACAAAGUUUGCCAACUCCCUAGCUAGCUAUUUUUUGUAAUGCUAAAUCUGGCUGUUAGCUGUUAAUAUCUAAUAGUUAGUUAAACAUUAUGUUAAUAUCACCAAAUCUGCCCACUUGGGUAACAGGAAAUGAAACCACAUUGUACAGUAACAUUGGCAACGGUUGUUAUGGUUGUUUAACAUUUAGCUCAAAGCACUACUCUGACUGGUAGCUACAGCUAAGCUAAUCGUCUCUUAGCUCCAUUUUCACAUAAGAUUGAUCUCAUCAAACUCAACAAAAAAAUGAAAAAGCGUUUUCUUCUCUCCAACUUUUUAAGGCUGUCGCUCGAUAGCAUUUUAUUGACUUUGAAGCCAGUGUUAAACCCUUUUGGAGGCAUUUUUAGCUUUCAACCAUUUUAAAUGACACAAUUUAUAAGCAACCUAAUUAUUAAUAACUCACAGGUUGACAUUUUAAGAGCUAAAACUCCAGUUUUAACAGAUACAUUACUUGUUUCCUAUAUAGCUAAAUGACUACCUGAACAUUUUAUAUGUUGUUUAUUAAAAAAAGAGCGAUGAGAUUAAGAACAGAAUUGUUAGCAUUAAGCUAACUCGAGCUAAACUUCAACUAGAUCCCAAACAAGCAUCCUAAACUGGGAAAAGUCAAAGGGAAAUACUGUCUUAGAUCGAAACUACCUUCGAAAGAGUGUUUUCUUAUCGUGAAGAAGGAGAUAAAUGCAACACCGCGUUAACAAAGCUGUUAACUGGCGCCCCUUACAUCAACACGUUUUAUUCCUUGUAAGACAACUUCAAACACAUGGCGUGAAAUCUCCCGAAGCUUUAAGAGCAGACGGAGAUUCUGCAGCGUCAGGGUUUUAUGACAAAUUACGAUUUAACGUAAAUCCACAUUUCCUCUGUGCAGAAAAUAAGCAGAGAGCAACCUGACAGAGGCGGCAGAUGUUCAUCAGCGCGAGAUUACAAAGGGAUAGAAAGUGUUUUCUGAUCCGUUGCAGAUGAACUUCAGUCGCUGUAACUAAGCUUCUCCAAGUCCCUUAUUCUUAUCUGUCUCCCUGCAGUAGAGAAGGGAUUUAAACUUUAUUUUAAGGGUCCAAUUUCAAACAAAAUCAGCAUUUAUAAAGCUGGAAAUGUGUGUGUUUGCUAGCAAAUGGCUGGAGUAGAAGUACAGUAUGUGUUGAAACGUGUAUAUAAGAUUGUUUAACAGGAUAAUAAAAUGUCUAUUUGAUUAUAUGUAUAGCUCUAUUAAAAAAGGUUUAGAGUAAAACAAAAAAAA